GCCGGGGCCCCGCGGGGUGCGCGGGGGGACGGCGGCCCCGGCAGGAUGCGCCGCACUGGCCGAGGGGCGCGCGGGGCCUUUGUGGGCGCGGGCCGGGCACCGCCUCUGCUCGCCGCCCCCGGGGGCCGCCCCGCAUUCGGGCGCCGGAACGCGGCUGGUCGGGCCCUUCGUCCCGCGGGCCCCGGGCCCCGCCACCUGCCGACCCUCGGUCCCGGCCGCCGGCCCGUGAGGACAGGUUUCCUCCGCUCGCGUCCUCGGCCCCGGAGGCCGGCGGGCGGUCAGCUUUCCGCGCGGAGGGAGUGGCCGCCUCGCCCGGUGGCAGAGUCCGGUCUGGACCCGAGCGUUGGUGUCGGCGCCCCCUCCCUGGACAGCAGCCAGCCCCGCGCGCGCCGGAGCGAAGGGAUGUUGACCUCCCCGAGGCCGUUUGCUCGCCACACCUGGACCUGGAUAACUUCACGGGAGGGGCGUCAGAUGUCGGUGACGUUCAAGGACGUGGCGGUCCUCUUUACGCGGGAUGAGUGGAGAAAGCUGCGUCCUCCUCAGAGACACCUGUACCAGGAUGUGAUGCUGGAAAACUACAGUAACCUGGUCUCUCUGGUUCAGAAACAGCUGACCUAGCGCCUGCUUCCCUGGAUAAGUGCGGGCUCCUGUUUUCCAAACCAAAAGUGAUCUCCCUGUUGCAGCAAGGAGAAGAGCCGUGGAAGGUGGAGGAAGAGAGUCCUUGGGGCGCCCCUCUCGGAUGCAAGAGUAAUCAUAAAACCACAAAGUCAACUCAAACGCAAG